AGAAAAAUUCAAUCCUUUUAGGGCUUGUUUGCAAUCAAUUAAAAAAAGUGAUUUAAUUUUUAACAAACACUAUCAACUUUUACUUCCUCGGUUUUCGCGUAGAAUCUAAUUUUUAUUUUUUCUAUUACAAACACUUAUUUUAACAAACACUACCGACUUUUAUACUAAUUAGAUCCUUGCCCGUCAGUCACUACGUUGUGAACGGAAAGCAUGAAUCGGGUUUGCGACAGCAUCUUCUUUCUAGGUUUCCUCCCUGGUUGCCCUCUGCGCUUCAUCACCUAGCCGACUCCUUUGCUUCAAUUGCAGUUCAACAGCCUGCCAUUAUCGUUCACCCAAAUAAUUGCAUUUAUAAGCGAACUAGCUUCCUUCUCUAUUGGCUCCACGGUUAACAGCAGCCAGCCAUGACCGGGCGAAAAUAUAAGUCUCCACGGGGGAAACUCCAAAAAAGGAAACGUAAUAAGAAGGAAGAGACUGCUGUCUUGCCAUCAGUCCCAGAAAACCAGGAGAAAGUUUUGGAAACCAGUUCAUCAGCAGACACUGAAACUAUUGCUGAGUAUCUUACCCGCUUUAUUAAGGAUACCGUUAAAGAUGGUCACUCAGUUAACCAGUUUGGGAUGCUUGGAAAUGAUGGCUCCUCUUCACCACUAAGAGGGGAAUAUGGCGAACCCGAAGGUCAGACUGUUAGCUCGGAACAAAAUGGCCAAGAGGUGUUUGAUGAAUGUCGCAAAGAAACCAGAACACCAAGAGCAAAUCCCCCUGGGGAAAUGGAUGAUCAACCGAUUCCGCCUACUCAGUGUAAACCAAAGAGUCAGUCCCGCCAGAAAAAGGGUAGGCAUGGCACCCGAUUGAGGGAAUUGAUUUCCAACCGUAGUGCUCAUAUAAGACUGCCUAUCGACUUUCAUGCUAAAACUGGGAAACCAAUAGGCCCACAAAAAAAUAAAUUCAAGAGUUUUGUGGCCCUCCUAGGAAGGAGUUUUGCUAGUAUACUUAGACCGAAUUGGAAGAGCGUAGAGGAGCGUGUCAAGAAUCAGAUAUGGGAGAGUAUCCAGCUUACCUUUGACGUCCCUAAUGAUCCUCGACUGAGAAAGAGAUGGAUCUCUUUUGCGGGUGCAAGGUGGAGGGGAUUUAAGACACAGCUCACAUCACAGUACAUAUUUGGCAAUCGAUGUGACCAGUCUCCUUGUGAGGAGUACCCAUUCAUUGACCAGGACACUUGGCAACAGUUUGUCCUGAGCCGACAAGACCCUGCCUUUCUGGAACGCAGACAAAAGGCAAAGAAAACUCAGGCACUUAAUGUCUGCCCACACAUACUAUCUCGGGGUGGAUAUGAGUUGCUUGAGGAAAAGAUGAUGGCUGGAAAAUUGAAAAACUCUGAGGAACCCUCCCAGCCUGAUCCUUCUGAAACUCUUGAUCCUCCUCCCCCUAUCCUCCUUUCACGUCAUGAAAAAUGGAAGGCUGCACGAAAAAGGCCCUCUGGGGAGUAUACGACACAGGAGAGCCGCAUGGUGGCUCAGAAGAUUGAUUCCCUAGUUGAGGAAAGCACACAAGGAACCUUUGUUCCCAAGGGCCGUGAGGAUAUCUUAACUGCUGCUCUUGGACGAUCGGAGCAUCCGGGCCGUGUCCGUGCUGCUGGAUGGGGUGUUGGUAUUCGAGAGUACUUUGGGCCCCCAGUACACCCUCCAGUUUUUACUCAGGAGGAUGUUGAUCGCAUCAAGUGGGAGGUGCGGCAGGAGGUGACACAGGAGUUGACACAAUUAUUCUCCCAAAAACUCCAAGAUGAGCUGGCAAAGAUGGGGUUUGCUCCACUACAGCAGCAGCACACACAAGUCCGAGAUAGUCGUUCCCCUGCAAGUGUGAGUGUAGAGGGAAGCAAUGCCCCAGAUGAUGCCUCUGAGCCUGAUGAUGAUGAAAUGUGUCAGCUUUUCAUUGAUUCUCCUUUCCACUUAGUAGCAAUGGGAAAGGUGCAUGAAUUGGGACCUACUAUACACCAUGAGACUAUAGCUGCAGAUAUUGUGAGGGUCGAGAUAAUACAAGCUCUGGAUGCAGCUGCAUUGGUUCCUAUUACCACUGAGGAGGUUCGCACUGUGGGCCAGGCACUUAAUCACUUCAUUUCAUGGCCACGAAGAUUGGUCGGUGCUCUUGAGUUCCAGGAUGAUGGUAGUUCUGACCAAGAUGAUGCCCUCUAUGAGCAUCGAGACCCACUUUCGCGUUUGCAUUCAAUGGCUACACAUCUUGGGCCACAUCCUGUAGAGCUCAUCCUGAGAAAAGAGGUCACUGGCACGGCAGAUGUGCCUCUUUAUGUCGGAUCAGAAGAAAUAAUGGAGAUUUGUUUGGGUAAUCAAAUGCUUAGUGCAAUAAUUAUACAAGUGUGGAUCAUGUAUCUGCAUGGAAUAUGUGUGCAAAGAAAAAAUGUACAUUUGUACGGAUUUCUUGACCUGCAACUUAUUCAAGAUGUAGGAAGCAGACACAAGGAGAUCCAGACAUACAUACAGGGUCAGCUAAAGGACGGUGGCAAGGAGUGCUACCUUGCACCUUAUUUCUACCCGACGCACUGGCAAUUGUUUGUAUUAUGCCCUCGGCAGAAUACAAUUGUCUUCUUGUGCUCUCUAGGGAAUAAGCCGAAAAAUAAUAUCAAGAAUGUCAUGAACAUGGCCUUGAAGGGACAUCAGGUGCUAAAACCCACUAGGAAAAUCAGUCCAAAAUGGGUUAUACCCAAGUCCCGAAUGCAAAUGGGAAAUUAUGAAUGCGGGUACUAUGUCAUGAGACAAAUGUUUGCCAUCAUCUAUGCGGGUGAUAUCAAUUCGUGGAUGGGGGAACUUGACAUUCAAGACGCAUUCACUGAACAAGAAAUCAAUGAUGUGCGGGAACGUUGGGCAUCGUAUUUGUGUGACAUUAGGGGGUUUUGAUAUUUUGUACUAGUGUUUUCAAGGAAAUGAAUUGUGUUUAUAUAUUAACUAUGACACAUUAUUACCGUCAUUUCCCAGGGCCACAACUCCCUGAGUUUUACGUACUUGUAUGUGUGCGACACUGUGCGUGCGUGCGUUUUCAAUGAAGAAGGUUGUUCUCAUGGAUGCAAAAUAGUGUACAUUUUCAUCCAUGAUGGUGCCAUGUGUUUCUGACUGCAUUGUUCAAGGGAUGUUCUUGAUUAUGGACAAUCUUCUCUCCCGCGGGAGGUGGCCGACCAAAGAAACGAACUCGUCGGAGUAAUCGGAUGGAAAAGAGAAGAGCACACGCACAAAAUUCUACGGAGUAUAUAUACCAGAGCUAGAAGAAGAUAAUGUCUUAUUCAAUCAGUCCCCCCCCCCCCCCCCCCGUAUUUUUCUUGAAUUGAAAGCAUUAAAAUAAUGGAGUUUAUUCAUACUAUAUAUAUCAACAAGUCUCGUUUUCCCAUAUAACCAUGUUUAAUGAAUUAAAACUAUUUUCUCA